CUUGGAUGAAACAAUGAAACGACCAAAGUUCCAAGAAGAAACUUCAAUAGGCUUGAAAUUUCCUCGAACAUGCCAUUUCCAAUCGAAUCAUGAAAAUCAGUCAUGCUUCAGGUGGGAUUGAUCUCAGGCUUGCCCCCAUUCUUGGCACUCCGUCGUAGUGUAUCCCUGAUCCCUAACCCCGCGCCCUCCACCAAAAACGCCUUAUCGGGACAGGCGAGAAACUUCAGUUCUUUUGUUCAAGAAGGCUCCCUAGACCUCAUCCUAUCUUUUUGGAAUAUUGACAACUGUAUUUGUGAAUAUUUUAUAAUAAACUUCUUGGGACAUUUUCACGAUGGCCCCUACAGCAACUUCAGAUAUUUUACCGGUCGCGUCUAAAGUGGGGGUUGUAAAGGAUGAGCCUCAACAACAACAUGUUCACGGAGCAGAAGACAAGACUCCUUUAGAGGCUAUUAGCCAUGGAGGAUUAAUAAUCCCUGGUAAAGUCUCGCUCUGUCACCUACAUAUUGAUAAUUGCUCCUGGCCAUGAAUGAACUGUUGAGCAAAUGACUCUUUCGAAUCGAUGAGGGAGGCGAAUUUCGAUUCUCGGAGUUCAAAUCGCGAUACAUGCAAAAUUUCCCAUCUGAGUCACAUUUCUUAUCAAAAUCGACGGAAUUAUGACUGACUAAAGGAUUUCAGGCAUUCCAAAAUUCCACACUCCAGCGGAAGAGCGCAGACACAUCCUCGUCCACACCGCAGCGGUCUUCCGUGACUUUUCCCGGAAAGGCUUCACAGAAGGCAUGUCAGGUCACAUUUCCGUCCGCGACCCUGAGUUCGAGGACUACAUCUGGAUGAAUCCCCUCGGCAAGCAUUUCGGUCUAAUGACCGCUGGAGAUCUGAUUUGUUUGGAUAUCAAGACGGGGAAAAUCGUUGGUGGUAACAGGACCAGACCAGCCAACUCGGCAGGCUUUCUCAUCCACUCCGAGAUCCACAAGGCAAGACCCGACGUACAUGCAGUCUGCCACGCUCACACAAACGCUGGCCGUGCAUGGUCAUCCUUCGCUACUGGAAUCGACAUGCUGAAUCAGGACAUCUGCUAUCUGUAUAACUCUGUAGCUGUAUAUGCUGAAUAUGGUGGGAUUGUGUUUGCUGAAGAGGAAGGAAAGAACAUUGCUAAAGCUUUAGGCGCAAAUAACAAGACUGCCAUUCUCCUCAACCACGGCCUCAUCUCAACAGGCGCAACAGUCGAUGAAGCCGGCUUCCUCUUUGGCCUAUUAGACCGUGGUUGUGCCAUUCAGCUACAGGUCGAAGCCGCCAUGGCUGGCAACCCUUCUCUCAAAAAGCACGUUGUUAGCGACGAGGAGGCAGCCUACAACUUUAAGAUGGCUAGUGAGAAGAAUGCUUUGUAUGCUGAAGCACAACCUGACUUGGACUACGAGUUUGCGAUGGCUGGAGAGGGGGUUAUUGAGAAGGGAGUUGAGAGCCAAAGCAUUGACCACGGGCUGUAGAUAGGCUGGGGGCUAGAUAUAUAAUGAAUUUAGAGCAUUCCGAUAC